UCCCUCCCAAUCUCUGCAGUCCAACCAACUCUCUUUAAUUGCCGUCUCUGAUCUCUAUUCCAUCCAGCUCUCUAUCUAAUUUUAAGCUAACUUUUUUUUUUUAAUCAGCCAUGAAUGUGCCGCCUUUGCUUGAAACGGUUGAGAUGACCGACGUUCGCUAUCUAAAGGGUGAUCAUCUUGGCCAUUUCCUUGCCUGGAUAUCUCUUGUUCCCAUCUUCAUCAGCAUCGCUGGCUUUCUCUCCCAUCUGAUAUUCCGCCGCGAGCUCCAAGGUUUGUUCUGUGCCCUUGGCCACGUGAUUUCCCUGCUUUCCACCAACUUCAUCAAGAAUAUAGUCAAGCAAGCUCGACCUCAAACCUGCGCCAUGCUCGGUGUUUGUCACUCCUACGGAUGGCCUUCAAAUCAUUCCCAAUUUACCACUUUUUUUGCUUCAUACGUCUCUCUCUUAACCUACAGACGUCUUGGCCUCUGCAAUGGGAAGUUCAAGUGGGUUGGGGCUGCUUUAGCUUGGUGUCUUGCUUUUCUCACCAUGUAUUCUAGGGUUUAUUUGGGGUACCACACUUUUGAUCAGGUCGUGGCUGGGGCCUUUCUUGGGUUUGUUCUUGGGAUUUUCUGGUUUUGGGUGGGAUAUUCUUUCAUCUUCUGUUCCUUUCCAGCUAUUGAAAACUGCAAGUUGUGUAGAAUGUUCUGUAUUAAGGAUACCUCUCACAUUCCUGAUGUGAUGAAGUUUGAGUACGAAAAUUCGAAAGCUGCUCGGAAAGCCAAAGCCACGGGCUGCAAGUGCCUCUAAUUGAUGAAUCUGACCCAAAUGUACUAUGUACGUGCGAGUUAUGAUUAGUUGAAGAAUUAUUUUUGUCA